UAUGGUGUGUGUAUGUGGUGUGUGGUGUGUGUGAUGUUUGUGUAUGGGGCGCUGUGCUCACACCAGGAGCGCCACGUGGUCAGUUCGCAGGUGACACUCCGGGGCAGCUGUGCGCAACUUUCCUUCCACGGGACAUGGGGCGCGUGACACCGGCUCCAUUAGCUGGCUGGCCCCUCGCCCCGCAGGUGAGCACAGCCAACCGCGCUAAUCGGAGGCGCGGCAGGAGGACACCACAGCCACACCGACAUCACGGGGCUCGGGAGGCCAUGAAGAAGGCCUGGCAGAAAUGGGGCCGCAAGAGAGCCCUCGUGCGUGGCCGCCUCGGGGUGCAGCUGCCGGAGGCUUCCAACCUCGUGCGCGUCUUCCUCAGCUCCACUUUCUCGGACAUGCAGACGGAGAGAGACACGCUCCUGGACAAGGCCUACCCCGAGCUGCAGGCCUUCUGCCAAGAGCGUGGCCUCACCUUCGAGGUGGUCGACAUGCGCUGGGGGGUGCGUGACACGGUGGCGGUGGACCACAUGACCACGGAGCUUUGUCUGCGGGAGAUCGAGAGCUGCCAGAAGACGUCUGUGGGCCCCACCUUCGUGGCCCUGCUAGGGAACCGCUACGGCUACCGACCGCUCCCGCGCACCAUCCCCGAGGCGGAGAUGGAGGCGCUGCGCGGCUGCGCGUCCCGCGAGGAGACGGAGCAGCUCGAGGCGUGGUUCUGGCGAGACGCCAACGCGGAGCCGCCUCUCUUCCUGCUGCAGCCAAUCACCGCCUUGCUGCCGCACUUCGACGACCAGCGCGGGAUGGUGGAGGGGAUGGAGCGGGGAGAAUUGCCUGUGGCAGACAUCGGAAGCGGUCUCUACCCAGGCGGAAGAGAAGACCUCAGAGCUGACGGUGGCGGCGGCGUCAGUGGCAUCAGCGGCUUUGGCAGUGACGACGCCUUCAUCUCUGCGCCCCUACAGGACCCCUCGCGGGCCGAGUUACAGGCGCGGGACGCGGCGCUCUGGAGAGACACGGAGUCCCGCCUCUCGGACAUCCUGAGACGCAGCGCGGGCGCAGCCAUGCGCAAGGGUCUCCUCUCCGCACAGAGAUACCACGCGUACCUCUGCUCAGCCCCCCCUCGCCGGCACGGGGUGGGGGGGGCGCCCCCAACCCCCCCCACCCGCCCCCACCGUGCGGCCGAGUGUUGCUCCGUGUUCGUGCGCGAGGCCCGCGGGGUGGCCGCGUGCGUGCCCGCGAGCGAGCGCGCCCGAGUCUUCGUGGACGCGGAGCGUGGCCCCGACGGGGCCUUCCGCGUCGACGCGGAGGCGCAGGCGCUGCUGCGCUCGCUCAAGCGCCGACUGCGAGCGCACGGCGGCGGCGGCGGCGGCGGCAUCCGGGGUCCUCCGGCGGGAUCCGAGGCCGCCCCCCGCGCCCGCCUCGUGGUGUACCAGGUGGAGUGGAGCGAGGGCAUGGUGGACUCGGCCGUCGAGUCGCACCGUCGCUACCUGGACAGCGUCUGCCGCACGUUCACCGCGGAGCUGAAGCGGCAGAUCACGCGGUGCGUGGAGGCGGCGCGGCGGGCGCAGGCGCCGGACGACCGCCUGCUGCAGGAGCUGGGCCACCACGCGGCGCAGUGCGAGCGCAAGUCCCGGGGCCUGUGCGGCCGCGCGGCGCUGAUGGCCACGCUGUGGUCACGCCUGCACGAGCGGCGGCGCGGAGCCGGAGGACACCCCCCGGUGGUGGUGUUCGGACCGUCGGGCACCGGCAAGACGUCGGUGCUGGCCGAGUUGGUGCGCCAGGCGCCGGAGCAGCUGGGCGAGGAGGCGGUGGUGGCGGCGCGCCUGCUGGGGACGUCGCCGCUGAGCUCGGACAUCCACGCGGUGCUGCGGGGCCUCUGCCUGCAGCUGUGCCUCGCCUACGAGCGCGAGCGCCCGCCCGCCCACGUGCUCAACGUCUACGCGGACACCGUGCGAAACCACGCCGCCGCCUCUCCCCGCCCCAGGUUCUUCCACCGGCUUCUGGCGAGCGUGGGCGAGCAGCCGCAGGCGCCGCCGCUGCUGCUGGUGCUGGACUCGCUGGAUCAGCUGUCGGGCACGGACGGUGCCCACCGCCUGCACUGGCUGCCCAAGCGCUACGCGGCGAGCGUGCUCGUGGUCGUCUCCACGCUGCCCAGCGAGCACGGCAUCCUGGACGCGCUGCGCGCCGCCGUGCACGACGCGGACGCGUACCUCGAGGUCGAGCCUCUGAUGCCGGAGAAUGGCGGGGAGAUGAUGGAGGGGCUCCUGCGGGCGGCGGGCCGCACGCUGGCGGGCGAGCAGCGCGCCCUGCUGCUGGCGGCCUUCGCCCGCUGCGGCCAGCCGCUCUUCGUGCGCCUGGCGUUCGACGAGGCGCGCCGCUGGCGCUCGUUCGCGCCGCUCGGCGUGGAGCUGCGCGGGCGCGUGGCGAGCGACACGAGGGAGGCCGUGCACGCGCUGUACGCGCGCCUCGAGGCGCAGCACGGGCGCGCACUCGUGGCACACGCGCUGGGAUUCGUGGUGGCAUCCAGGAGCGGCCUCUCGGAAGUGGAGCUCAAGGACUGCCUCUCGCUGGACGACGCGGUGCUGGCCGACGUCUACCAGUACUGGUCUCCGCCCAACCGCGACAUGGUGCGCCUGCCGCCCCUGCUGUGGACGCGCCUGCGCCACGACCUGGCCGACUACCUGGUGGACCGGCAGGCGGACGGGCACACCGUCAUCGCGCUCUACCACAGGCAGUUUGUGGAGGCGGUGCAGGAACGCUACCUGCAGGGCGAGGAGCGCCGCCUGCUGCACCAGACGCUCGCCGACUACUUUGGCGGCAGCUGGGCUGGGGGCCGGCGCAAGACGAUCCACCUGAGCCAGCGCGGUGAGGUGCUGCACGCGGACCGCAAGGUGCGGCCCUCGGGAUCGCGUGUGUACAUGGGGAGCGGUGGCGCAGCGGUUAGCGCGCCGGGGCUGAGGACCCGACGAGCCGGGUUACUUUUUGCGGCCCACGGCCAUCGUCGGUGGCGCACACGAGCCUCUCCGAGGUCGCGCAUGUGCGUAUGUGUGUGCGCGGUCGCCGCCCAGCCGCUACGAUUUGGCGAGGACAAGGUGAACCUGCGCAAGCUGAGCGAGCUGCCGUUCCACCUGGCGCACGCGGGGCGCCACCAGCAGCUGCGGGAGGAGAUAUUCGGCAGCGUGGAGUGGCUGUCGCUGAAGCUGAGCGCGUUGGGCGUGAAGGCGCUGCUGGAGGACUUUGCCCUUGCGCUGGAGCUGCAGCCGUGCGCCGAGACGCAGCUGGUGCACGACGCCAUGCUGCUCAUCCGGCCCACGCUCGAGUUUAUGGAGAACGGCGUCGACGAGUCGGUCUUCUUCGUCGAGCUGCUGGCUCGCCUCGAGUACUUCGAACGGCGGUACCCGACCAUGGUGGGGCGGCUGUGCGCGCAGUGCCGCCAGCUGUGCCAGACGCGGCCGGAGCCGAUCCUGCUGCCACUCUGGGGCUGCCUCCAGCCCCCGGGAGGACCCCUCCGCACCACACUCACGGGCUUUGGCCAGGGCGUCUCGGUGCUGGCUCUGAGCGCCAGCGGGAGGGUGAUGGCCGCGGGCUCUCUGGAUGGCACCAUCAUCGUGUGGGACCUGCAGGAGGACGAGGCCACCCACACGCUCACCGGGCACGCGGGCGAAGUGCUGUCCUUGGUGCUGGGCCGCCGGGCCGACCUGCUGGUGUCGUUCGGGCGCGACUCAACGGCGCGCGUGUGGAGCCUCGUCACGGGGAAGGAGGUGACGCUCGUGUCCACGGCGCCCGCCGGCCCCAACGUUCCCAGCGGCUCCAGCGGCUCCACGGGCCCCACCAGCUCCGCCACCGCCGCCUUAGGCAAGGAGGAGGAGGAGGACGAGGUGUCGUACAGCCUCAUCGUCGUGAGCGAGGAGCGGGAGGAGUUCCACCUCUUCACUAACUCCACGCUCCACUCGUUCUCCCUGUGGAGCGGAGCGCCGCUCCUCUCGGAGCCGCUGGGCGGUCGGUCGCGCUGCCACGCGCUCGGCGGGGAUGGCGAGGGCACUGUGGCGGUGGUGACAGCGGCGGCGGCGGCGGACGGCGGCGACGCCGACGAUGGCGGCUGCUGCCCCGGCGGCGGCGUGCGCGUGAGCCUCGUGGAGCCGGGCGCCGGCUUGCUGAAGCGGCGUCUCGACGCGUGGGUGCCGGGGCCGGCGGGCCCCGCGGGGCGCCCCGUCUGCGUGGCCGUGGCCGGGCCCGGGCUCCUCCUGGCCGGGUUGGCCGGCGGCACGCUGCUCACGGUGUCGCUGGAGGCUGGCGGUUGCUGCCGGAGCACCGAGGCCCUGGGAGCGGAGCCCAGGUUCAUUGCCGUGAGCCCCGACUGCACGCUCGCUGCCGUCGGAGUGGACAAGCGCGUGUGCGUGUUCGACCUGCGGGGCGCCGGCGAGGCCCCCGCGCGCCGCGCCGUCGAGCCGCGCCACCAGGACCGCGUGGAGGCCGCCGUCUUCUCGGGCUGCACGGCCCUCAUCAGCGCCUCGCUGGACGAGACCAUCAAGGUUCGGGCGGCAUCUCCCGGGCCCGCUGCCGGCACCGCUCGCCCCUCUCGCCUUCCGCCCCCCCUCGCAUUCGCAAGACGCCGCGGCGUACGGGGGCGGCGUGGGUGGUGUGUCAGAGUCAGAAUCAGAAUAUUCAUACCGGGAGGAGGGAAGAAUCCGAUGAGCUAUAAAGCUCUUGUUCACAGAUGUCCAGCAGGAGCGCCAGGACCAGCUACGACGCCCACGACCGCCAGCGGUGGGCACGGUGAGGCUUCGUGCUCCCGGAGCGGGGACAACAAAGCGUGUAUGGUGGAGCGAGCUCGCGUGCGCGUUGCUCUGGUACGUACGAUGUGCGAUGCGCGUGCGUGUGCCGUGUGCGGUACUCAGGUGUGGGACCUGCGGGACGGGCUGACGUUGCGCGAGUGCAUCGAGGGGAUGGGCAUGGCCGUCACGGCGCUGUGCCUCGCCGCCGAUGGAAUCUUGGUGUCGGCUUCGCGCCAGGCUUACUACCUCAAGGUGUGGGACGUGGGUGAGAGACGCCUGCGCGGGGACCCCGGGGGUGGCAGCGCCGGGGGGCUCCUGAGCCCCCCGUUUCACGACCGCAGCGGCCUCGUGGCCCUGACGGUGGACGCGGCCACCGUGGUGCUGCAGGACAUGGAGGAGGCGUCGCGUGUUGUUCUGUGGGACACGCGCACAGGAGCACCGCGCCAGCUCGUGAGCUGCCCUGCGCACGUGACGAGCGUGGAUUGUGCAAGGGGUCGCGACCUCAUCGUCAUCGGUCUCAGCUCAGGCCUCGUGCUGGCGCUGACUCCACAGCUGGACACCGCGGAGAGCGGCCGAGAGGGGGCCGUGCCCCCCGCCGACGCGCCGUGGGCUGUGGCGGCCGAGCUGGGGGUGGCCGGGGCGGUGAGCGUCACGUGCUUGGCGCUGGGGGCCGGGGACUCGCGCCUGGCCGUGGGGCUCUCCUCCAAUCGCGUCGCCGUGCACUGCACAAAGACGUGGCUGUGCCAGUGCGUGCUGGAGGCAGCGUGCCGCGGGGCGCUGAGCGCCGUGGCGCUGCUGCCCGGGCUGGCCGGCGCUAUGUGGGGCAGCGACUCGGGGCAGCUGGGCCUCGCGCUGCGGAGACCGCCCACGCCCGCCGGCAAAGGGGACCGGGAGCCGGCGUCGUCGCCGGUCACGGAGGGAUCGUCCCGGACCAAGGACCGCGCUGACGACGGCGGCGGCGGCGACGGUGGAGAGCGUUGCGUGGAGCUGGAGGGCUACGGCACGCGCGUCUCGUGCGUGCUGCUGAGCCCCGGCGGGCGAUAUGCCUUCGCGGGCUGCGAUGGCACGCUGCAGCGGCUGUGGUGCGCGCGCACCUGGCAGGUGCUGCACGAGUACACGUACCAGGGAGCCUUCUACCAGGGCGUCACCUCUGCCGCCUUCUCCCCCGAGGAGCGGUUCCUGUUCACCGGCUCGCGCGACCGCUCCAUCAAGGUGUGGUGCGUCGUGACUGGUAUCCUGCUGAAGGUGCAGUACGUGUACGCGACGGUGACGCGCGUGAUCGCCAUGGAGACGCGGGGAGGGCCCUCGGGCGAGCAACUGGGGCCCGAGGCGCGGCCGGCGUGGGCCUGCCUGGUGCUGGCCUGCACGCGCCUCGGAUACGUCCUGCGUCUCGAGUUCCGCUGCCCCCCGCGCCUCGCCCCAGGGUACGACCCCCUGCGCUACAUCAAAGCGUCGUCCAGCGUGUGCUCUCGCAGGCCCAGCGCCCUGGGCGGCCCGUGCCGGGAGCAGGCGGAGGCCGUGCCGGAGGCCGCCGCGCGGGCGGAGUGGACGCGGGGGCUGCAGGACGACCAUGGCGGCAGUGGGGCCGUGGGGGCCACGAGGGGCCACGAGGAGGCCGCCGUGCCCGGCAGACGCGGCGGCUCAUCGCGCACCUGUGCCCUGCUCUGAGCCGUCACGUGGGGGGAGGGGUGCGGGUUGGGGGGGGGGGCGCACGUCGUCUGUGACGUCACCACGCUGCAUCGUCACGCGGCUUUCUGGUCUUCUCGCCUCGCCGAGCGAGCGAGCGACUCGCAAUCGGAGUUUGAAUAUUAUUUAGACCGGAGGAAUCCGAUGAGCUAUGAAGCUCUUUUUCACAGAUGGUCCAGUAGGGGCACGGGGGUCAGAACGUUACAACAACAAACACAAGACUCACAAACACGAUAAGAGUGCAGGGUAUAGGAAAGGAAGUUGCUGACUUCGAAUCCUGGAUGGGAAGUUGACACAGACCAUCAUCCCUCUGGGGUAGAUAAAAUGAGUCACUGGUUUGUAGUGGCUGUCUUAUGGUUAGACCUGCCCCGCCAUAGGAAUGAGGAAUUUCCACCACUGGCUCAGAGCUGCAAACAGGAGAUCAGUGCCACCACAAUGCUCAUUUCAGCAGGAAAAUCACCAACUCUUGUGAUUUCAUUCCAUUUAUAAUUUAUAUCUAAAAUAAUGUGCCCCAAAGUAGCUCUCGAGUCAUCCGUGAACCAAAUUUGCGCGAGACACGAGGUACAUUCAUCAUUAGGAUCUCAUCGCAUCCCCUCGGGUCGUUGCUGAUUUAUAUUUUAAUAUUCAUUUAGAAUGUGUAAUGUGUAAUACUAACUCAUGCAAGAUAAUUAUUCGGUGGCGCAGAAAAUCAAUCGAGCGCUCAUACUUGCGGCAAAAAAAACCGGAGUUCCCGGAGAAAACUCACGCAGUGUGACGGAGCGAGGGAGGUUAGUAACACUCGACCUCCCGUAGCAAGAUGGAAAUUAUAACCCACUUGCUGUACUGCCACCGUACCCUGGGCCAUCAGUCGGAGAGAAGAUGUGGACCAUCGACGCGCACGGGCAAUGGAGGGGAGUUCCGCGCAGUGCGCGCGCCCAGUCCACCAGACCUCGCGCUCGCUGGCCUCGUUCCGCUUCCAAAAUCGUGGUUGGAUAAGAACACAAAUUCUGUCAGAUCACUGGAAUGAACCCAUGCCUGUG